AUGAAAACGUCUCUCCUUCUUCUUCUUUCUCUCUUUCUCGGAAUCAUUGCUGUUCACGGUAAGUGUUGUUAAGGACAAGAAAUAUACUUUUAAGACAACCAAUAUUCCAGAAGCCUCGCCUCCUUCUGGCUUCAACAUAUCCAAAUUCUAUGAUGAGCUUAACAGGAGAAGAGUCAAGUUGGCGACGGCCUACAAUAUUGGAAACAUGUGGAAACUGGUGAGGUGUCUCCGGAUAACUGUUGUGAACCGAUAAGGGACUGUUAAGAAGCGCGACGUGAUACUCGAAUACAAAUCGAAGCUGAUCGCGGCGAAAGGAUGCCACGUGGCGGUCGUCGGCAACGGAUUCCGUGCUUUUCCGUAUGGGGGCAACAAACCGGCGUUCCUCUACAAUCAGUUUAUCAGCCGAUUUCUUAGUGAAUGGGAGAAGAAGGACUUGAAAGUCGGACUAAAGGCGUUGAAAUUGAUGGAAGCGAGCAGUGCGUUCGGCGAGGAGUUGAUGCAUCCGCUGCAGAAACGAGUCGGGUGUGCGGAGACGGAAAAGUGUCAGGGAAGCUACGUGGAUCCGGUGUCGAACAAGAAUAUGACUGUGAAAUGGUCGUACGUCUGUUUGGUCGGACCCGAGUGAGUUUGGGCUUGGAACAAUCGAGAACUACACUAGCUAUUGUAGGACCAAGCUUCUGGCCAACAAGCAAUCGGGACGUUCUUACGUGUAUCGUGGCGUCAAGCACGGAGCCGUGGGAUCAAAUUGCGAACAUGGUGUUUCCGACCAGCAAGGACUGUGUGUGUGA